AUGCGUGGACACGCAGCAACGUAUCUACGUGCCAUUGUCCUUGCAACGACGUUGGCAGAGUAUGGUACUGCGUCUGAACUCCCGAACUGGGUGAGCCCUGUCAAUGCAUCGGCCUCUGGCUGCUAUCGCAAGACGUACCUAUCAUAUAAUGCUUGCGCGAAAGGCUACAAGUCGGACGGCAUUGCAACGUGUUGGGCACAGUGUCCAUUGGACUAUCCUGUCGAAUGUGGCAUGGAAUGCAUCCCACGCACUGCCGGCUGCACGGCGCAGAUCUUCGACAAAGUCUUUUCCGUGGCUACCGUGGCGCUCAACACUGCAACCGCAGGCGUAUUUGGCAAGCUACGCAAAACAAGUGGGGCUGUCCAGCUUGGCGUCAAGUGUGGUCAGCAGCUUUACUCUGCGACGAGCGCUCUGGUGAGCUACGUUGACGACGUCCAGGCCAAUGCAACGCUGAACCAGCGCGCGAUGGGCGUCGUCAACGAGUCAGAUAUCGUCACCACGGAAUUACCUGCUGCAGUCAGCACAUGCCUGAAUCUACCCGUGUCCCCCGACACGCCUUUUGUAGCUGCUAUUGUCGAUCAGAUUGUCGCAGCUGUAGCGGAAAACGGGUCGUCGUUGCUGAACUCGAGCUCGUUCCUGGCACUCAUGAGCGACGCAGGCGUCGAUGAGUCGAUCCAGAAUCUCGAUACCAAAAGUCAAGCGCAACUGCAGGAUGUGCUUAGCGCCAAUGCAACUUGCGGGGCAAAGCUGCACGCAGUAGUUCACGAAUUGACUCAGUUUGUCGUCGCCAUGAAACAGAAAGACCCUCUCGUUGCUGUCAGUACCAUCCGCCAGGAAGUGAGCGCGUCUGAUCUCUUCACCAUCAAUUUACCCGAUGCGAUCAAUGACUGCUCCCGUAACCUCAAAGACAAUGUCCAUCGCGUCCUGGAUAAUCUGCGCUCCGUCAUGAGCACUAUUGUCGAUGGCCUUGUGGACAGUGCAGUGGAUGGGAAUGGAAAGACACUCUCAAGUACAGACUACCUCUUGGCUGUGGCUGACAUGGGUAUUGACGUCAUUGCUAUCCUCGAUCCGACUGGUAUAGCCGACAUGGUGGGCACCUUUCUUCAGCCAAUCUGCGGCCCCACCGUGUUGGUCGGCGAGAUAGACGACGGCUCGUUGACGGAUGCACUAUCUCUCACGACAGAAGGUCAGGUGUUUCGAGGAAGUUAUGGUACAUGGAGAAAGGUGGGAGAUGGCACAGUAAACAUCGUGUUGCAGAGUCUCGACUCAGAAGACGUGACGGUCGUGAUCCGCUCUGGCGGUGAUACUGUGGCGAGAGUAAAGGUAGCGAGCGGCUCGACCGUGUCUUGGAAUGCGACCGUGAAAGACCUCCAAGACAAAACGCUGUAUCUUGAACGCUACCGACAAGGACGUUUUCGUCUGCCAAGUUCUCGCGGAGGUUCGCUACUCAUGUGGGUACCGCACGCGUCGGCCGGAGGGAAAAUUGAUCUGCACGUCGUGAUAAACGGUGGCAAAGUCGACAGCAGCGGUAGUACUGUCGUACGCGACAGUAACCCGGAUGGUGCAUCGGGACGUAAAGGAGAGACUGGAAAGACCGGAAUGAUGCCACUGGCCCCUGCUGCAUCAACGGACGUUGACCACAACCCGACUCCGAGUUCCAGUUUGCCGUCUGCUGGGAAGACUGGCAUUUCUCACGACUUGGGCCACGUGAGUGCAGAGGCAGCGACCUCACGCGUCCCUCCAGCAACUACUACCGUUGAUCGCGGUAUGCCAUGA